CGAAAUUUCAUAGCAAGCAGACGGCGAUACAUGUAUGUUGAAUACCUAUACUAAAAUUGUCAACGCCUCAAGGACACGACUGGCUGUCAAAGAUGGUUUGCUCUUUGAAACUUUUGAUUUUAUUUCAGUCCGUCGUCCCCCAUACAAUGAUUGCGUUGGAAAAUAGAGAUUUAAAAAUAGAAGAAAAUAAUCUACACAAACAGCUGUUUCACUACGAGACCUUGAAGAAGUCGGAUAUUUCUCUGCACGUCCGCCACCAUCGGGAUGUUGACACUGGACACGUAACGGCCAGAACUUACAUCACGUUCUUCACACUAGGAAUAAACUUCAGUAUGGUUUUAAAGGCAGGCUCUCCUGUAGUGGCCCCUGGACUUAGAGCCUAUACUGUAGACAGGAACGGCAAGUAUGAGCCCCUUCAUGUAGACUCCAACGAUUUCCUCACAGGGCAUUUACAAGAGAAUGAAUCUAUGCAUGUGUAUGCUCAUUAUGAGGAGGACAUUCUCUGCACAGCAGUUUAUUUCCCAAAUGAAACUUACUUUACCGAGCCGUCGUGGAGACACCUCCCUUCAUCAAGUGGGUGGGAUCUGAUUAGUUACAGGCUUUCUGAUGUCAACUGGAAUCAUACGGGUCCUUUUUCCGAUCCUCUAACAUUACUCCAACGACCGUCUUCAGACGAGUCAGUUUCAAGCGAUGAGCAGCAUCAGAGAUUCAGCAGAAUCAGACAAAAACGACAGAAUAAUGGCUUAAAGAAAAAGUGUUCCUUACGACUGGUUGCCGACUAUUCGUUUUAUAGCCAGUAUGCCAGGUCUAGUGCUUCUGAAGCUAUAAAGAUAAUGGUGAGCUCUAUUGUAGAGGCGAACCGAUUAUUUCAACAUACAGAGUGGAAAACAGCGGAAAGCCUUGGCUGGGGCUUUGUGAUCAAACAGGUUCUGGUUCACACGGAAUACUCAACCGGGCCAAGCGAAGGACCAUUCAGCUAUAAUUAUGAAGUGGAUCAUUGGAAUACAUCAGAUAAACUUUAUGCUUUCAGUCGUCACAGGGACAUCAUGCAGUUCUGCGCAGCGCACUUGUUUACACACACUCUUUUCAUGAACAGUCGUGGGAGUCUUGGCUUAGCAUACCUAGGCAAUCAGUUUGGGGCUGGAGGAAUAUGUUCAAGACCAAUGGAUGACAUGUAUACUAGAACGGGCUGGACGACUUCUGUGUACGGUGACAAUUAUACUAUUCUUGGGAUACUUCAUAAGUUGAUCACAGCUCACGAGCUUGGGCACAACUGGGGUUCUCCACACGAUCCAGAAGGCGAAUGUUCUCCUAGCGACCAAGAAGGUGGUCGCUACAUCAUGUACCCGUCCGCACCACCACAAAUCCAGAUCAACAGCAUGCGCUUUUCGCCAUGCAGCAUAGACUCUAUUUCCCCUAUGCUGAGUUGGGUAAGCCAGCGAUGCUUUAUAGAAAGUGCUCAAGACGAAAUUCAUUGCGGCAAUGGAGUCGUUGAUAUUAGAGAAGAAUGCGAUGCAGGAGCAGACGGUCUGGAGGGCAAAGACAAAUGCUGCAGCAGCAUCUGUCUGCUCAGAGAAAACGCUCGCUGCAGUGAUUUCAACAGCAAGUGUUGCCGAAACUGCACUACUGCUCCAGCGGGAACCGAAUGUAAAACAGACCCCGACAAUCAGUGUCUAGAAAGUUCAAAGCCUUUCACCAAUGGAAAUGGAAGUUUGAUGGUAGUGGAGGGUGUAACGCAGGAUGUUGUGCGAGAAGAUAUUGAACAGCACCGGCAAGGAGAGUGCGUGCCAAAGGAGGAUGCUGCUUGCGGCAAUGGUAUCUUAGACAAAAACGAAGAAUGCGACGUAGGAGAGAGCGUCGUGAAAAACCAAGAUAAAUGUUGUAGCAGAACUUGUCAUCUCAGAGAAUCUGCACAAUGCAGUGGUUUCAACAAACCGUGCUGUAAAGACUGCAAAAUCGCACCAAAAGGAACUAAUUGUGAAUCUAACUUUGACCUGCCGUGUAUGGAAAGCGCAAAAUGCGAUGGUGUUUCCACUGAAUGUCCGUCUGCUGUGCCAAAAGAGAAUGGAAUAGCCUGUCGUGGAGAAGGCCAGUGCAUUAACGGCAGAUGUAUUACCAAGGACUGUAAGGAGCUUGGAGAUAAGAAUCAUCGGCGCUACAGAGCCUGCAUGUGUCAUAGUAAUGAGACCAAUGCCUGCAAACACUGCUGUCAGGAGGACCUUGGCAACAAGAAAUACGGCGAAUGUUUCCCAACAGAAACGCCUCUUAGUUUUCGAGAAUCCUGCUACAACGGUGUAUGCAAUGAACAAGGAAAGUGCGUGCCAGAGGAGGAUGUUCCUUGCGGCAAUGGCGUCUUAGACAAAAACGAGGAAUGCGACGCUGGAGAGGAAAGCGUAAAAAACCAAGAUAAAUGCUGUAACAGAACUUGUCAUCUCAAAGAAUCGGCACAAUGCAGUGGUUUCAACAAACCGUGCUGUACAGACUGCAAAAUCGCACCACAAGGAACUGAUUGUGAAUCUAACUUUGACCUGCCGUGUAUGGAAAGCGCAAAAUGCGAUGGUGUUUCCACUGACUGUCCGUCUGCUGUGCCAAAAGAGAAUGGAAUAGCCUGCCGUGGAGAAGGCCAGUGUAUUAACGGCAGAUGUAUUACCACAUACUGUAAGGAGCUGGGAGAGAAGGAUAAUCGGCGCUACAGAGCCUGCAUGUGUGAUCAUGACGCUUCUGCAGCCUGCAAGCGCUGCUGUCUGGAGGUCUUUGACAACGAUACAAAUGGUCCGUGUUUCCCUACAAACAAAACACUUAGACCUGGACAACUCUGCUACAACGGUGAAUGCAACGAAAAAGGAGAGUGUAUUCCAUCGGAAGGCACUUUUACUAUCCGGCUAUUUAACUUCUUCAACGAUUUGGAUUUUGACACUCUUGCGGAGACCAUGAAGACUAACCUCGUCAUGACUGUCGUGUUUCUGACAGCACUGUUCUGGAUCCCAAUCAGCUGGUGCAUUUCCUGCAUGGACAGGAAAGAGAAAAAACAAGCACCUAAGAAACCGAUGGCACGUGAAGAACCACCCACUGAAAGAAAUUUUUCGUUCGAGGAUUCCAUGCUUUAUGAAAUGAGGAAUAUGGAUCGGGAAGGAUCUUCAGUCGAUCCGUUCGCACUACCGUAAGGUCCAACGCCUGCCAAACGCCAAUGAAGGGAUGUGGACAAGAAUAAAAUAAGUCCAUCAGUACUGUAAGAAACAGUAUUAACACGAAAUAUUUCAAAGUCUGGCCUAACACCGACAGACUAAAUAAGACCUAAAAUAUAUUUUG